UUACAGUAAGUCGACCCACUGGCCUGCCCUGUUCCGACUUUCUGAUUCCAUUAACUGAAGCAGCUGAGCUAAGCCAACUCUGGUUUCGAGAGUUUUAUCUGGAAAUGACAAUGGGACAACGUAUUCAGUUCCCCAUAGAAAUGUCCAUUCCAUGGAUUCUCACCGACCAUAUUCUGACUAAUCCCGAUUCAUCUCUGGUUGAAGGAGCGUUAUAUCAACUUGAUCUAUAUAACGAUGCAGCUAACUAUAGUCUCUUUAAUUUCCGAAAGCGUUUCCUUUUCGACGAGGUGGAAGCCGAAGUGAAUCUGUGCUUCGAUCAAUUCAUUUAUAAAUUAUCCGAUAUGGUAUUCACACACUUCAAACAACUUGCUUCUUGCAUGAUGCUCGACAAACGUUUCAAACUGGACUGUCAAAGGGCAGGAGUAACAAUUCGAACCCCUCCUGCAUGCCGUUUUGAUAGUGUCCUCAGGCAAAGGCAUGUACAGUUGCUUGGCCGUUCUAUUGAUCUGAAUCGUUUGAUUUCUCAACGGAUUAGCAUAGCGCUACUGAAAGCUCUUGAUACAGCCAUAUGGAUGUUUGAAAGUGCGGAGCUUUCUAGUAUUGUGGAACUGGAUUUUCUAAUAGAAACCAACCGACUGUGUCACUCACUUUUGAGGGAAAGGCUCUUCUCCGUUCCAGAUUUCAACGAUCUUCUACUUGAGGUGAUUAUUGCUUACUUCCGCCGUUCUUUCGUCAAAGAUGACUUAUGA